AUGGCCAUCAAAAAUUCCACAGUGGUGACAGAGUUCCUUCUUUUAGGGCUGACAGAUCGUGAAGAAUUAAAAGUAUUUCUUUUUAUUCUUUUCUUGUUGAUAUAUAUAAUUUCUUUGGUGGGAAAUCUUGGCAUGUUUAUAUUAAUUCAAAUCACCCCUAAACUUCAUACACCCAUGUACUUUUUCCUCAGCUGCCUCUCAUUUGUUGAUGCUUGCUACUGUUCUGUCUCUGGACCAAAAAUGCUCAUGAAUUUCUUUAAACAGGCAACCAUAUCAUUCAGUGCUUGUAUAUUACAAGGAUUUUUAUUUGGCGUCUUCGUUACCACCGAGGGAUUUUUCCUAGCAGUGAUGGCGUAUGACCGCUAUGUGGCAAUUGCAAAUCCACUGCUUUACAUGGUGGUCAUGACCAAAAGAGUAUGUAUAAUGCUGGUCUUUGGGUCAUGUAUAGGGGGAAUGAUUAAUUCACUGACUCACUCAAUUGGCCUAGUCAAAUUAUCUUUUUGUGGGCCAAACAUCAUUAGCCAUUUCUUCUGUGAUGUGCCUGCAAUGUUAAAACUCUCCUGCUCUGACACUUCCAGAAAUGAGUUGUUGCUCCUAAUAUUCUCAGGAGUAAUUGCCAUAAUCACUUUCUUGACUGUGAUCAUUUCUUAUGUCUUCAUUGUUGUUGCCAUCCUCAGGAUUCGCUCAGCAGCUGGAAAACGUAAAGCCUUUUCCACCUGUGCUUCUCACAUGAUAGCUGUCACCUUGUUCUAUGGCUCUAUAAGCUUUAGUUACAUUCAGCCAAGUUCCCAGUAUUCCAUGGAACAAGAAAAAGUUGUUUCUGUGUUUUAUACCUUGGUGAUACCAAUGUUGAACCCUUUGAUCUAUAGUCUAAGGAACAAAGAGGUCAAGGAUGCUGUGAAAAGGGCAAGAGAAUUGAAACCAUCUUUUUGUUAA